AGCGCAGCACUGACAUCCCCGCCACGUUUGUUCUCUGCUGGCCCCAGCCUACAGAUCCAUCUUUCAUCUUUAUUAUUUCUUCUCAGCGUCAACACCACUUCUGCAUCGCCAUUAGCUUUUCCCCCCUUUACAUCCCUAAUUCCCCGUUUUGAAGGCCGUCGCCCUUGGCCCCUUUCCCCUAACAACAGGUGCCACGGGAUCGGGAACCACCGGUCGUCCCUUGGUCCUCCGUUGUGCCGCGUGUAGACGUGUUUAGGCCAGUCCGACCUACUUCACCUCGAUAACGGAACAACGUAUCUCGUCCGAGGAAAUUGCGAGUCAAGUACCAGCGACGAAGUGACCCCAAACAAUUUAAAAGUUUUGUGAGUCCGUCACCUGAUCACUUUGGAAGGAUGGGAAACGCGAUGGCGAUGCGCUUGAUGGAAAACGACGACGAAGACCUCGCCAACUUCGCCGCCUCUUCGUUGCCACUGCUGGAGCUUCCCGAACGAUUGAUCGAACGCGUCCUGUCCUUUGUGCCUGCCGUUGACCUGGUAAAGGCCUGCCGGUUCGUGUGCGGCAGCUUUGGACGGAUCGUGGAGGGCAACGGUCUGUGGGAGCUCAAGUGCGAACGAGACGGCAAAUACAUUCCCAACUUGGAAUGGCAUCCCCUGCCUCCCAACUACUACCGGGGCCUCUACGCGGGAAUUCCUUACUUCCAGAACCUGCUGCAUCUCGCCAGCAGAGGCUCCAGGGAAGAGUCCCGCCGCUGCCUCUGCAAGCAUCCCUGCGGCGUCUGCACGAAGCAGCAGGUUGUCGACCUUGUCGAGAUGGGUGUGGACCUUGAGCUGCUCGAUUCUUUCAAGCCUCCCAUUGAGGUGUCAGAAUGGUACGCGGCACAGGUGGGCUUUGGCAGCGGCAUCUACCGCAUGAUGGUGGAGUUGAGAAAUGCCGAACAGGAACGCUUGGCCCGCUACGACACUGGCGAGGUGACGGUGAACAAUCUGACAAGGUUCAGGUGGAAGGAGGUGAACCACACUUUCUCCAACUACCCGAGCGGCAUUCGCUACAUCUACUUUGCGCACGAGGGCAGGGGCUUGCAGUUCUGGGGUGCCCCCGACAUCGCCGGCGGCACAGUUCGCUUUGUCCCCGAGCAGACGUCGCGAUGCGCAGUCGACACCCAGGAGGUUCUCGAGCUCGUCAAGAACUGUUCGCUUUGCGGCGGCAAUGACUCGCCGUAAAGCGACCACACAUCCAAGCUUCCCAUGAAGUGCCUUUUAAAGGUGUGGUAUCAACACCUGCUGCUUGUACUUGGCUGUCUAUAAUGAUUGUGCUGCACCAAUUGUUACUGUGCCAACCUGACGUCUCAACUCCUCAGUGCGCGUUGCUGUGCUAUAAAGCUUUUUUGAUAAUUAUAAUGUAAACCGUCAUCCCUGCCUUAACUUUCCAAGGUGAAAAAAAUAAGUGAAUUAUUGUCAUUAAUUCACAUGGCAGCCAGCAAGAUCUGUGAUUAGCCCCAUUGGACAAAUGUGCCAACUUGCUUCUGCCUUUCGUGCCAAAGAAUGUCGUUGGCUUUACAUGUGGUGAUAAUACUGCCAAGUUUUUUUUUUUUGCAACUAGAGAAUUCUUGUCCAUUCCUUCAUUCUGACUCGCUGCUCUACUUUGGCAGGCUUUCUUUUUACCAGUGCCAAUUUGCCCAAGGCUGAAAAAUUUUUGACGGGGCCUUUACGAGUGAAGUAGGCUGUUUGCAGUGGUAACAGUUUUAGACGGAAAGGUUCAAUAAUUUUUUGUAAGAGCUACAUCAUAUAUAAUUUACCUGAGUGAUAAUUGUCACAUGUAUUUUAUUUUUAUAUUUUAAUUUAAAAUAAUUUUAUCACUGUUUAGGUUAUUUUUAACCUCAACAAUAAGAAAUGCUCAGCUCUGCCCUUAAGAAUGUUCACAUUUUUCAUGGCCAUUGGUAAUUAUAUAAUCAUGUAUUUUUUUUUUUCACUUCAUAAAGACAGUGUUUUGUUUUAUGGCAUUAUUUCAGAGAUUUACAUACACAUCUCAUGUGCAUGUAUUUUUUGUAAUAAAGUGAUAUAUGUUGCUUAAAUUUGUUGCGUGUUUUCUCAUUGCUUAAUAAAUUUUCUGGUGUGUUUGAGAACCA